AUGCAAUAAGAAACAGUAGAGUACCUUGUAGAAAUUAGCAGGCAAAUAUCUGUAUUUAUUUAUUUUAUUUUAGAAUGCUCAUAAAUCUGAACCAAGAUUGUCAUUUAAAGUAAUUAUUUCUCUUUAAAAUUUUAAUAGCGAUAAUUACAUAAAUUUUUGGAAAAGUUAAAAUCAAGUGAUUCUUUGAAACAAUAUUAAAGUAUUCUCAUUAGUUAUUUGCAUAAUGGUAAUUAUCUAUUUCAAUAAUUAGCAAUAUCAAAUCCUCUCAAUCACAAAUUAAAUGUCUAAUAAUAGGUUAUUACAAUUUUGAUAUAAUUUUUUGAAGUCGACUAGCCUCAAGGUAUAUAAAACUUCAUAUUUAAGUUUGUGAUUCUUAAACUCUGUGUGAGGUAGUAGCUGAUUAUGUGAAAUUUAUAAUAAAAUCAGAUUUUUAGGAUGAAUAUUUAAAAAAAUAAUUUGCAAAUUUUAUCAAAUUAAUAUUUUGGAAUAAAAAAAUAUUUAAUGUUACUAACAUUGAAAUUAAAGAGAUAGAAAUAAUUGACUAACACUUUAAUUUAAAUUUAAAAACUUCAAUUUUGUAAAUAUUAAUUAAUAAUUUUAGUUCUAAUAAGAGUUUAUAAUAAUUAUUAAAAAGCUAUAUAUUAUCAAUUGAGUAACUAUCAGAAUACCUUUUAUCUAUGUAAUAUCCAGAAGUUUUUUUAAUGGUUUUAGAUUUUAGUGCACUUAAAUUUGAAAUUCCAAAAUUUAUUAAAAAUGGAACUUUUGAUAUCGAUUGCAAAAGCAAAUUACAACUUCUUCCUUAUGAAUAAUAAAUAUAAUUAUUCUUAAAUCUUAAAGAAUUAGAUAAUGAGAAAUUAGAUAUCUUCACAUAAUUAAUAUUUUAGAAUUAGAAUUUAGAUAUUGCAUCUUAUGUACCUAAACUAAUAAUAGUUAUUGUAAAUUCCUCAUAGAUUGAUUAUGAUAGAGCAUUAAUUAUUUUGAAAAGAAUAUCAAAUAAUCAAAAAUUCAAUUUGAAUUAUGAAUAUUUGAGAGCAGUUUUAAUAUAAAGUAAAGAAAAUCAAUUAAUUAAUUUUAUUAUUGAUGCUAUUGUAAGCUUUGAAUAAUGUACAGAAAAUAUUGUAAAAUCAGAAAUUUCAAAACAUUCCAAUCCUUUAUCAAUAAUAUAUUUGCUAAUUUAAUUGAUUAAACAAGAUCAAUUUGAUUAAUUAUAUGAGAAAUUACUUAAUAAAUCUAUCUCUCCAUAUUAAUAUGUCAUUUUACAUGUGAUAUUAAUUAUUUAAGAAAAAUCUAUAAUGUUGGAACCUUUAUAGGAAUAAUGUUUAAGAUUUUAACUUAAUGAAAUUUGUUUAGUAUAAAUAUUUAGUUUCUAUUCUUUCUAAAAUUUAAUCAUUUAGAGAAAAAUAAAACUUUUAUCAUAAUUUAAAUAACUAAUUGAAACUGAAUAGAAUAUGUCAUUUUAUGAUAUCUUAGUAAUAAUAGGAUAAGAGACUAAUUAAUCAACAUAAAUAAAUUAAAGGAUUGGAUAAAUUUUAAACAGAGAAUGGAAUAAUAUAAGUAAUUUUUUGAAGUAAAUUGAAUAUAAUAAAUAAUCUUAAAUAAUAUAAGGAUUUUAUUAUGUUGUAAUGUAUUUUACAGAUUAAAAUGAGUCAGAAUUUUUAAGACUUUUUAAUAUAAUACGUUCAUCAAUGUGUAAUAGAAAUAAAGUUGUCAAUUAUAAUAAGUUAAUUAAUUCUAUUUAAUAAUAUGAAUUAGACAAACCAGAACCAUAAAUAUAAUUAUAUGUGAUGCUUUUAAAGAUAAAUUAUUUAUUGUCGGAUAAUUUCAUACACAGAAAAAAAAAUGGAGAAGAAAUUUCAGAAAGAUCUAGUGAAUUUGGAGAUUUGAAUGAAGGAUAAGAAUAAGAAUAUUAUAAAUAGAUAUAAGAACAUGGCAAGAUUUUAAUUGAUAAAUUAGAAAAAACUAUACAACGUUACGAGACUAACUAUCUUAGAAUGCAGAAAAAUUUAUAUUUAGCUGUUUAAAUAGGUAGACUUUUACAAUUAAGUGACAUAAAAAUUAAUAUAUAACAUUCACUUUUAGUUAAUGAAUAAGUAUAGAAUAUGCUUUAUGAAUAAAAUUUAAUUGAAAGUGAUAUUAUAUGGGAUUCUUUAAAAAAAUUACAGAAAGUUUAAUUAGCAACAGCAAUAAUUCAAAUAUUUAAAAAUGAAAAAAGUGUCAAAUUAAUGAAAAUGGUAGUUGUAGAAUUAAGCAAAUUAUGUAAAUAUCGAUAUUACGCAUUAUUAUGGAAAUAAUAUGAUAUAUUUAGCAUUCAAUAAAAUGUUUAAUAGUAAAUAAGCAAUAUUACAAAACUUUAAAUGACAGCACACAAAUUUCAAUUAAUAUUAAAAAUUUAGGAUAAUUAUGAAUUUUUAAAGUUAGCAUAUUAAUAAGUUUAGAAAAGUUAAUUUGAAUUAUUAGCUUUAUUAAUUGCAAUAAGUUUACAUUGUGGUAUUAGUAAUAAUUUAAUUGAUGGAAUGGGUGAAUAAAAUGAAAUGUGUAUAAAUAAAUUGAUUGUAGAAUUCAGUUGUGCUGGAUUAUUAUAAUUAGUAUUGACGCUUGUGAAACCUAUAAAAUAAUAAAAAAAGAAGAAAUAAUAAAUGGAAAUAGAGAAGAAAUUAGAAGAUUAUCUUUCAAAUUAAAUAUAAGAUGCAAUUAGUUUAGUAUUGAUUGGAAUUUAAAAGAAUUUAAAUAAAAAUUAAGAUUUAAAAUAAGAAUUUAUUAAUUUGGCUACAAAUGUAUAUUAAUAUGGUUAAUCUUCAGAAUAUAGUUUAAUAUUAGAUUUAUUUGAUAAGAUUCCAUAUGAAUUAAUAAUUAAUUGUUUAAAAUCAAUUUAAAGUUAAGAUAAAUUUUUGGAUUAAAAAUUAUAACAUAUUUUAGUACUUAUCAAUAAAUUUGAUAAAAUUUAAUUAACAAAUGAAUUUUAUGAAUUAUCUUAUGAUAUCAUAAUUAAUAGCAACUAAAUAAAUUAGACAAUGAUAGAAUAUUGUCUAUAACUUAUUAGUAUAAUAAAGAUGAAUGAGAAUGGUUAGCCUUAAAAUCAAACAAAUAUAGAUGUAUAAUAAUUAAAAGAGAUACUUAUACCUGAGAAUUUCGUUCCUACUGGUUGUACAUAAUAAAAUAUUCAACAAUAAAUCUACACUUGUAUUUAAUGUUAAAAUAAUAAUAAAAAGAAUAUUUAAUGUUGUGCAAGUUGUGCAUUUAGUUGUCAUUAGAAUCAUUAAAUUUAAUAUGAAAAUAUGAUUGAAUCAAUGUGUGAAUGUAAUCAAACAAAAAAAUGUAAUUAAUAAAGACAGAAAUAACCAAUACAUACAUAAUAAAAUAGAAGACUUUUAUUUCCACCUUCAGCAACAAAUACAUCUGGAGUUUUAGUUGAAUAUUUUAGAAGAGAAAGAGAAAUAAGAGAAAGAGAAUUUAAAGAUUUAGAAUUACAUCCAAAUAUGAAAGAAUAUGCAAGAAUAAAAGAUAAUUUCUAAGAUUUUGAUUCUGAAGUAGAAUUAGAAGAUUCUUUAUCCAGUUCAUAAAUUUAAUAUCAUGAUGAAUCAAAUAAUGAUGUGAUUGAAAAAUAUGAAUCCAGUAGUAAUUCUAUUAUAGAAAUAGAACCAAAUUAAUUUGAACCAAAAGAAGUUAAAAAUUAUAAAAAACCAUAAUAAGAUUCUAAAUUUUUUUCAAAAUUAAAAAUAAAUUUUGAUCUUCUAUUUGAUAAAUUAAUAUAAAUGUGUAAUUUUACAAUAUAAAAUUACAAAAGUUUAGAAUCAAAUUAUUAAAAUGAUUUAGAAGAUCAAGAAUAUGAAUUAUAAUCGAAAAUUCCUCAUAACAUUCAAAAAAUAAAUACUUUAAUAUCACAAAAUAAUAUAAUAUAACAUAAGACAGAAAAUAUAGAUGUAUUGAAUGAACUUAGAAAUUAAUAAGAAUAAAUAUAAUAAAAAUUAGGAAUAUAUUAUGUUGCAUUUUAAAUAAGAAAGGUUAUUGAUGAAGGAGAUAAUUUUAUUGCUGUAGCAGGUCAUAGUGAGAUGAAAAUAUUUAAUAAAACUAAAUAUUUUUAAAUUUUAGAGAAAAGAACAAGUGGUUUAUAAUUACCUUAUACAAAAGUAGGUUGUAAACCACCAGUAUCUACAAUUUUAUUUAAUCCUUACAAUUAAAAAUAAAUUCUUGUAGUAGGAUUAUUAGAAAUACAUUUAAUAGAAUUAAAAUAAGAUGGUACACCUUAAAGUGAUAAGGCUGUAAUUGCUCGUUUUACACAUCCAAUUAGUAAAACCUUAUGGAUAAAUUAAAAUAUGUUUGCUUGGUUAGCAUUCAAUUCUAUUUAUACAUUUAAUAUUACUUCAUCAAAUUAAUAAUGUUAUAAUCUAAAUCUAGAUGACAAGAAAAUAAAAGAUUUUUGUAUAAUUAAUGGAACUAUUUUAUGUGUAGAUUUAUAAGGAGAUAUAUAUUAAUAAAAACUUGUUGAAGGAUAAUAAAAAAUACCAAUUUCAGAAAAAGUUAAUUUAGAUGAUCAACUAAAAGGUAAAAGUAGAGAUAAAACACCAUAUUGUUUAGCUAAAAUUAAUAAUACUUCCAUUUUACUUAUUUCAUACAAAAAUGGAGCAUCAUUUCUUUGUACUUUUUAAGACAAAGCUUUUAUAAAUAUUGUUAGAUUAGAUGAAUUAUUAUUUUCUUAAUCAUUAGAUGGUUUAUUAGCAUCUCCUUAAUUUAUAAGUUAAAAUAAAAAUAAUCUAAAAUUUUCAGUUCUAGCAUAAAAAUAAAAUCAAACAAACUAAUAAGUUAAUUUUCAUAGUGGUAGAUUACUUAUUAUUGAAAUUAAUAAUAAAGGAAAUAUUGGUGUCUAAUAAAUUUUUGAUAAUUUUGUAGAAGGAUAUUGCCUUUUAAAAGAUCCAGAAUAUAAUUUAUUUGCAUUAGCUAUUGCUGAAAAUAAAUAAUUGAUUUCAGCUUGUUUAAAUUUAAAAGAUAAUGUUACCUAACUUUGUUAAGAUAGAAAAAAUGAAAAUUAAGACUAAUUAAUUAAUUAAUUAAAAGAGAGAUUUGAAUUAAAUCUAUUAAAACAAACAUCUAAUUUAUUUAAUCCUUUAUAAAAUUUCUGUUUAGCACCUAGUGUUUUAGCAACUCCAUAAUAAUUAUAAAUUGGACCUACUAGUAUAACUGUUACAUAAGGUUAUGCAAUUACAGGUAUUAUUUUUAAUAAACCAAAUGUUGAUCAAAUUGAAAUUUUUAAAUAUCGAACCAUUUAAAAGAGAAAUAACUUUAUUAUAAUUCCAUUAAAUUACAUUGAAUAAAUUUAUACUUUAUUGACUCAUACAAUUACUUUUACUUAAAAUAAUUAUAAUAAUUUGUAAGUUUACAUUUAAAAAAUGACAUUAUCAUAAGCUAUGAUGACUAAACUUAUGUCAAUUUUAAAUUAAGAUAAUAAUUAAAUGAAAUCUUAUAUAUUUUAAGAUAUUAAAUAACGUAAUCAUAAAUUCAAAUCUAUUCUAUCUGAAUAAUAAAUCAAUCUAGUUAAUAGUUUAGAUUGUCUUGGAAUAACUUUGCAAGCAUAUCAAAAUCCAACAAUUAAAUUUACUAUUAUACCUUAAUUGAUAGCAAUAAUCUAAUAAAACUAACCAAUUAUUACAGAUUCUGCUAAAAAACUCUUAAAAAUUUUAUUAAAGAAUCACAAAGCCUUACUUGGUAGUGAAUAUGAUUAUCGAUCUAUUAAAGAUAAAAUAUUUAUUGAAAAAAUUAAAAGCAAAACUAGUGCACAAAUAAUUUAAAAAUUAUAAAAAAUAUAAAGUACAAGAUUACCAUAACUUUUUUAUAUCUAUAAUUAAAUUCCUAAUGUAAUUUUUGAUAUUUUAAGUGAAACCAUUAAUUACAAACAAUAUUCACAAUUGCUUUUGAGAUAUCUUUAAUUUUUAUAGAAUUGUUAAAAAGACAUAAAUGAAACAUUAUCAUAAGUUGAAGAUAUUAAAUAACUUUGGAAAUUAUCUAAUUAAAAUAUGUUUAAUAGAACAUUUAUUGAGGAAUUAAUAAUAUUUUAGAAGAAUAAAAAAAGUGAAAUAUUUGAAUAUGCAUGGGAUGUAUUUCCUAAAGAAAAUAUUUAAUCAGAAAAAAUUGAAACAGAAUCUUUGGAAGAAAAAAAUAAAUUUGAACCUUAUUUAGAUUUUGAUGAAAUUCCAAUUGAUUUUGGAGAUGAUUAUGAUCCAUAUGAAGCUUUAUUAUUACGUUAAGAAUUAUAAAAAUAGUAACCUAUAGUGAAUUAAACAAAAAAAUGUAGAUAAAUAGCUUUUCCAACUCCUAAACCAGCAUAAUCUUUAUUAGUCGAAUAACAAGAUUUAAUAAAAGCCUACUCUUAAUGGCUCCAAAAAGGAAUUAAGUCUUAUAACGAGUAAUAUCAGAAAGGUAAAAGGGAAUUCUAAUAUUUACUUUAACUAUCUAAGUAAUUUUAUGCAUUAGCAAAAUCGACUAAAAAUAUAGGAGUGGUAGUUGAUUAUUUAUAAAUGAUUGACUUUAAAGGCAAAGGUAUUUCAAGUGUCUUACUUUUAACUUACAUUAAUGGAAAAAAUAUAAAUGAUGAAUUAUGGGUAGUUUUUAAUUAAAAUCAACUCUUUUUAGAUUUAUAAGUAAAACUUAUAUAUAUGAAUAUUUUAGAUUAUAUAUGAUGUUUUGAGUAAUCUUGACAUAAGUGAUUAACAACAAUGUAGAUUAAAAUAAAAGAAUUUACCACUUGAUAAGUUAAGAGAUAUAAUGAAAAGUGAAAUUGAAUCAUAAAUCUAAUUAUUAAACAAUUUAAUGGAAAAGAAGAAUUAAUUAUUGUAUCUUUAAAUUAUUAAGUAUCUUUUGAAUGCCACAAAAAUUAAUGUAAAAUUAUUCUUAAUAAAUUAGGUAUAAAUGGUUGAGAAAUUAUAAACAAAUCAAUGGACUGAAUUAAUUUGUUAGUUAAAAAUUAAUUAAGCAUCAAAAUAGAUUGUUUCAACAUAUUUAAAAUAAUUAUUGUAAUAAAUAAUUGCAAAAUAAGAUUAUUAUUACAUCAAAGAUGUGAAUUUAUAUAGAACUUAAUUAAGAGAAUUGAGUAAAAAUUAAUCACUUUACAUUAAUAAAUAAUCAACUUAUCAAGCCUUAAAAAGAAUAUUGAAAACAAGCAAGAAGAGACCAUAAUUUUGGAAGGAAUUUUGUGAUGAGAAUGUUUUAAAAAUUAUAAAAUCUUUAAUAAAGACAUACCCAAAGGAGACAUUAGAAGUGAUUGAAAUUAUUAUUUGA